UAUGCUCCCUGCCACAGGGCUGCCCCUUCCAUUUCCUCUGUGCUGAGACGUGAGAUGUGCGAUGGGCUGCAGGGAUCACAUCCCAGCAUAAAUCUUUUUGUAUUAUUAUUAUUUUUAAUUUGUGUGUGAUUUUAUCAGAGAGUUUGGGGUGGCACAGAGAAAACGCAGCCUCUCUGCGUGCCAGACUCUGCCUCCCUCGUGCGCUUCGGUGAGACUUAAGAUAUGAAUUAACCCAAAUCUCAAAAAGCUGAGGCUGUGUCAAAGCGACCAGGCUGGAACCUCUCCCUGCAGUGGUCUCAUUUCAUCCACUCAGCUGGGAAGCAUUCCAGGAUGAGAAAGCCUCCGAAAUCAGUCAGCAGAGCCGUCGGGUACCCCCACCAGAGCCCCCAGCAGCCAGCAGCACCGGGACCGGUGCCCUAAAUGGUGCAGCUCGUCCCCGUCUGCAUCCCCCGGCACCUUUCUGUGGGAGAUGCUGGAAGAGCUGCGGGUCCCUCCCUCUGUGCCAGCCUCUCGUUGUGAAGACGCGAAGAAAGAGUUAAGGCACGGCACGGGCUGCCGGAGGCCAAUCAGGCAGAGCAAAGGGCGGCAGGUUGUUUACAGCCAGGUAGGAUUUGGGAGCUUUGCCCGGGGCCCCGAGCAGGUGGACGAUGGGCAGAGAGCCCACAGCAGGACGGGGAGCGCAGGAGGACGGAGCCCCAUGCUGUCCAGUGCCACUGACCCGUGCCUCCGCCUCGCCGCUGCGCUGCCAUGGCCACGCUAGAGGCGCUGCCCGUUCUCAGUGACCCGACGUACCCCAGCCCGGAGAACUUGCCCGGUUUCUCUCCCCGGCCAUCCCACCCCGCCUCGCAGAGCGCCAUGGGGAGCGUGGGCAGCGGAGUCGCCAACGACCAGGAGUUCGCCAUGAAGAGCGUGGGGACCCGGACGCAGAGCAGCGGCCGGCAGACGGAGGGGUCCCGCAACGGGUACUCCACGCGGGAGAUCUCCAACCGCUACUCCGGCGAGGAGAAGACGUACAAGUCGGAGAAGGUCUCCAAUUCCCUCUACAUCAACGGCGACCUGCGCAAGAGCGAGAAGGUGAAGGUGGACAUCUGUGGGAACGUGACCGCCAACAACGAGAAGAACUUGCCGCCUCCUCCCCAGUACCGAGAGCCCGGUAACCCACCAAAGAUAUUGCCAAUCUCCGGCAAACUAGACCAGAGCAAUGAGCCCUUAGUCAGACCCUCAGCCUUUAAACCAGUAGUUCCUAAAAACUUCCAUUCCAUGCAGAACCUCUGCCCGCCGCAGAGCAACGGGGUGACAGAGAACAGAAAGAGCUUGAACCAUGCCAACAGCAAUAGCCCAUCCGCCCCCAAAAGUGGACUCGACAAGACCAGCCUUAACAGGACUACAAACCAAGGGGGAGGCCUUUCGGAUUCGGGCCGUAACUCAUUAACGAGCCUGCCCACGUACGGGACAGGCUACAGCCAGCACGUGGGCCCCAUGAGCGCCUCGACGAGCCACAUCAACCGCAUCGGCACGACCUACGUGGACAAGAACAUCGUGGGAUACAACGGGAUAUCUACCUCAGACAGCGGGCGGUCUUCGAGCAAGAGCACCUCUUCGUUCAACAGACUGAACCAUCUCAACGAAACGAUGCCUUUCCACUCGCCUUCAACGGACGACAUCAUCCAAGACCUGGAAGACCGGCUCUGGGAGAAGGAGCAGGAGGUCCUCCAGAUGCGAAGGAACUUGGACAAAAGCGAGGCAGCCAUCUUCCAAGUGUUUGAGGAGAAGCAGAAGAUCUGGGAGAGGGAAAUGGAGGACCUGAGGCAAAACUACGCCAACAAACUGCAGCAGGUCUCCAAAAAGGCGCAGCGGGCUCAGCAGGCCUUGCAGCUCCAGAUCUUCAAGUUACAGCAGGAGAAAAAAAAACUCCAGGACGACAUGGGGCAACUCCUCCAACAGCGAGAGGAGCUGGAGAAGAAAUUUGUGGCUUUCAAGAAGGAGCAGGCUGAGUUUCUCCCAAAGAUUGAGGAGACCAAGUGGGAGGUGUGUCAGAAGGCGGGGGAGAUCUCCCUGCUCAAGCAGCAGCUGAAGGAUUCCCAAGCGGACGUCUCCCAGAAGCUGAACGAGAUCGUGGGGCUGCGGACGCAGCUCAAGGAAGGUAAGAACUUCCUGCGGGAGAAGGAGGAGCAAAUCCUCACCCUGAAGGACUCCUACAGCUCCAAGAGCGUCAACCUGGAGAUCUGCGAGAGCGAGCUGCAGCGGAAGAUGAGCGAGGUGCAGGUGCUGAGGGAAAAACUGAACCACUGUGAGAUGGAGGUCUCCGGACUGAAGCGGACGCUUGCCAGCAUGGGACCUCCGGGGCCUUUUGGCGGGGACCUGGCGGAGAAGCUGCGGGACCCCCUGGCCUGCGAAAGCGACGAAGCCAAGAUGCAGCGGCAGAGCGAGGACAGCGUCAGCACGCUGCGGAAGGAGGUGGAGCGGCUGCAGACGGAGCUGAAGCUGGAGCGGCAGCAGCGGGAGCAGCAGGUGAUGGACUUCGAGGAGGAGAGGCGCACGUGGCAGGAAGAGAAGGAGAAGGUCAUCAAGUACCAGAAGCAGCUGCAGCUCAACUACGUGGAGAUGUACCAGAAGAACCAGCUCCUGGAGCACAAGGUGAACGAGAUGAACACAAAGGCCACCAGCCCCCCGCACACCGAGGAGAAAAAACCAUGGACUCCCUCCAGACUCGAGCGAAUAGAGUCCACCGAGAUCUGAGGUGGGACCGAGACGAUGCCCAUGUUUUUUAUUUUAUUGCUGUGCAUGUACUACCUACUCAAGCCAGUGAUCUUCCGAAGGAUAACACGAUACCGUAGGAGCGGUGUGAGUUCGCCCACGCCGAGCUCCUUCACCCCAACUCUGUUCUUCUGUGCUCUGUAGGUAAAAUAACUGUGGAUGUGCGUUGUUUUUCUAUCGAUGAUGCGACAUCUUUCGUUUGGUUUUGGUUUUUUCCUCGUACAGCUGGUGAGGGUCAGUUGGCUCUUUUGUAAUCUGCCGUGACUGUUACUUCGCUAGAGGCUGCCACCCCCUCUCCUACAAUUCACCCCUCUUUGGUUGGUUGUUUUGGAGGGUUGUGUUUGGUUCCUUUGGUUUCCAAAGCAUUGAUAUGCAGCAAAACAGCUCAAAGUGGCAGGUUGUUUGUUUUUUUUUUCAGGGCAAUUUUAGCCACAUUGGCUAACGGAGCAAAGCUCUUGGGAUCGUGAGCAAACUCACUGUUCUGCGUCAAGUAUCUCGUCUAGACAAUGGUCUUAGUGAAGUCAGGAGGAGAUUGGCCACUGAUUUCAGUGAAACCAGACGUAUCUCUACCAGGUGACUCCCUCCUGCAGCCCGUGGCUACCAUGGCUGUAGGAGGUUAGGACGUCCUUGAGCACCAGGAUGAGCCUGUCCUGGUAACAGAAGCCACCAAGGAAUGGCCGCCCAGCAGGAGCUUCUGUUGACACAUGCUGCGUUUUCAUUUCCUUGUGUUUUCCUUCCGCAUUUCCACUCACCUCCUGGGCUGUGACCAAUCCUGGGAGCAGAAAUACCCCCCCACCUCUGCCUUGAUCCCCCUAUUCUAACAUACAUCCAAGCUGGCUGCAGCAAGA